GGGGGAUUAUUUCGAGAAUCUGAACAAACGACUUUCGUACUUAAUUAUACGGCACAUUAGCUGUAGAGAUCCUGGAAAGAGCAGGCACAGUAGUCUGUCAAUAUGGCAAAUGGAACAACGAAUGCCACACAUAAAUGUAUGGUUGAUAUUACAGAACAGGAAGUUAUAUUUAUCAUUGUGGUGACAUUAAUAAUGGACCUAACAGCCUUGGCGAUUCUUCAUAAAAUGCCGGGGAAGAAGCAGAGUGUGAACCAUUUCUUGGUGAAGACGUUAGCGUGGAAUGACUUCGUGAGUACGUUGAUGUUAUUUUCGAUGUGGCUGGUGUCGAGCAUCCAGUGUGGGCCAGUUGGAGGGUACUAUGGUUGCAUGCUCAUGGGCUGGAUGAGCACAACAUCAACGAUAUGGUCAGCGUGGAUAGUGACGAUUAUGACGUUUUGUAGGUACAUCUCAGUGAAAUACCCAAUCACUUACCAACAGAAAUUUACAAUCAGCAAAGUGGCGGGGAUUCUAGGAUUCACAUGGGCACUGACGCUUGCUCAGCUGUCGUUGCCAUUGUUCGGAGCCGCCGCUCCGUAUAGAUACUACGAUGAGAAUAAGAUAUGUUCGUAUGAGUUUGCUCCGGGAAGGUUCACCGAUGUCCAUGCAGUAACAGUUGCAAUGAUAGGGUCGGUUGGGCUGCUAACAGUGGUCUUUGUCAUAUACUGUAACACUGUUCUCAUAAUAAAGAUGCAACAGAGAAAGAAGAUCCAUGCGCGCAAUGUAAAAGAUGGUAUAACACAUGCGAACGCCAAUAAAGAGCCAAACAAUACGUUCGCUAGAGUUACCAUAGUUCUUGCGGCUGGAUACACGGUAUGCUACGGACCAUUUUCGGUGCGGUUGUUAAUAGAUACAGCUAACAAGGCAAAGACUGUCAACUCACUGUGGCAUACUAUUUCCCUGUCGCUUGUCCUGCUCAAUCCGCUACUCAACCCAAUCAUUUAUGUCAUAUUUAACAAAAAUUAUAGAAAAUACUGCAGGCGAUGCCUCGUGAAGCCAUGCAGGAAAUCAAAUACUGUGAUUUCAGCAAAAGAAAAUGUUUCAUCCAGAUGAGUGCAGUGCCCAUCAUUGUAAUGUAGCUAUAGCCAUACUUAACGUUGGAAACGAUUUGGGUUGAACCAUUCGGCGAGUUGAGUCCGACCACAAGCCCAGCAUUGGCCGAAUAGACAUUCU